UGUUCCCGUCCCUGCGAGUGCCCGCGUACCUUAGACUACUAAAGUGUUGUCCCAACCAGGCUGACGAUCCCUUCUGAUCAUCCCCUCCCCACCCCCUGUACCUUCUCUCUAUAAACUCAUAAAUCUCUGCUACCUUAUCUUCUUGAUACGGCCGGCCUGUUCUUUCUUCUAGACUCUCCCUGGACCGAGUGUCCGGAAGUAUCACCGACCGCCACCACCAUUGACCGACCAUCAACAACAACCAUGGCAUCUACCCAUCACCACUACCAACACGACACAGAAAAUCUCGACUACUCCUCCGACGGCUCCGACGAUGUUCCCUUUCUACAGAACGCUCUCAACCCCUCCCGCCGUGUGAAGCGUUAUACGCGCCCAUUAAUCGACUACGUGCGCAAUGAAUGGCAAUCCAACACCAAAUACUCGGGGUCGUCGCCCGACCGGUCAGACACGCCCGGGUGGGUGCAGAUGGUGCUGUCCAUCAUCACGGCCCCGCGCUUCCGACGCUACGCGAUCAUCUACACCACACUGUUCAUGUCCUGUCUGCUGGGCUGGGAGUUCGUGCUGUCGCCCCGACUGCAGGAACACACUGAGUUGACGAAGUCGCUGGACCCGAAAUUGGAGGAGAAGGUCGGCGGGUGGUACGGGACGAACGCGCUCCCGAGUUUCGAGAGGGUCAUCCAGUUGAAGAAGCUGGAUGCGUCGCUGCUGCCGGCGAAAGAGGCGCCGGAGUCGGGUAAGGAGAGCACGAGACGGUUGGUCGUGGUGGGGGAUGUGCAUGGGUGCAGUACUGAGCUGGAGCGCCUCCUCGAGGAAGUCACAUUCAACGAGCAGACCGAUCAUCUCAUCUUCGCCGGCGACCUUAUCAACAAAGGCCCCGAUAGUCCUGGCGUGGUCGACCUCGCCCGGAAGUACUCUGCCUCCUGCGUUCGCGGCAAUCACGAAGAUCGCGUCCUGCUGGUGCGCCAAGAGUUGGCCGAAAUGGAUGCUAUGACGGACACCUCGGGCGAUGAGUUUAUGGACGGCUUGUCGACGUCUAGGGCCCAGAAGGAUCUGCGACUGGCCCGGAACCUUACCGACGAGCAGGCGGACUGGCUCGACGCAUGUCCCGUGAUCUUGAAUGUGGGCCACAUCCCCACGAUGGGCCAGGUCGCCGUGGUACAUGGCGGGUUAGUUCCCGGCGUGGACUUUGACAAACAAGACCCGUUCAGUGUGAUGAACAUGCUGAGCAUCGAUCUGGAUACGCACCUCCCAAGCUCCACUCGGGACGGGAAAAAGUGGACCAAGUUCUUCAACAAGCACCAAUCUCUCAACUACAAAUCCUCGAAACACGCCGACGCUCAAGCCACCGAGACUCAAGCCACGACCGUCAUCUACGGCCACGACUCCAAGACCUCUCUCAACAUCAAAACCUACACCAAGGGCCUCGACUCGGGCUGCGUCAAGGGCGGCAAACUGACCGCCUUGGUCAUCACCGACGGCGGCGAACAGAAGGUGAUCCAGGUUCGGUGUAACAACUACUUGGAGAAGUAGAUCCGUCGUGAGCUUCAUUUUUUUUUAUUUUUUUUUUCUUUGCGACCUGUGUACUUCCGGCGAUAUUUCUGUUAUAUAUACAUGCAUGCUUCUCCGCGGGUCAGGAGAGGAUGUAUUGAGAUCUGUACAUUCUGGAUCGGUGUGCAUUUUGCAUAUGCGAGGAGUUCUGGGUUUAUUGAGAAUUGGUUCGGGUAGACGAGAUGAUUUUAGCAUAGUCAGGUCAAAUGUAUGUGCAU